AUGUGUGGUGAUGUACCUCAGUGUCCAGUUAGUGAAAGAUAUUCUAUGAGAUUAAGUCGCCAAAAAGAAUACAGAGAAGAUGAACUAUCUGAUGAAGAUGAAUAUCUCUGUAAACAUUUUGGAGAGGAGUCAUAUUAUAUUGAUGGUCAAUCAGAUAAGGAAAGUAAUUGGUUACGAUUUAUUAACUGUGCUCGCAAUGAAGAUGAGCAGAAUUUAGUAGCUUUUCAGUAUUAUGGUAACAUCUAUUAUCGUUCAUUCAAGCAUAUCUAUCCUGGUAAUGAACUCUAUGUAUGGUAUGGUGAACAAUAUGCAAGAGAACUUGGGAUUAAAAUUAGUUUUGAAGAAGGUAGACAGUCACUCAAAAAUCAUCUUCGUAUACACACCAGUGAUAAACCUUACCAAU